UAAUAUUGACAGAGCAAUUUCCUCACACAGAUAAAAGUAACAUGCUCGGGCAGUUGAGUUAAAACCUGAAGACCAGAGGAAUGUUCAUGAUUCAUGAUUUCAAAUUAUGGCAAAACAGGAAAACAAUGGAUCUAUGGUCACAGUUGGGUCCAGAAGUCUGCCACUGUAUCCACUGGUUAUCGGGUUUUUAGGGCUGCUGAACGCCAUUCUGAUUCUGACUGCUAUUGUUAUUGGGAUAUACUGUGGCAAAGUCAGUGAGGAAUCCACUCCAGACCAAAUGACAGCACAAGGGCUCAUCAUAGAGGUGAAGCAACUUCAAAUAAUGCAGACUGAAGCAGUCAAAGCUCAAAAAGAGGCAGAGCAAGCAGUAGAAAAAGAGCUCAGGAAACACCAGCAACUAAAACUGCAGUUAGGGUUGAACAAGAACCUCAUCGACAGCAUUCAGAGGAGUCAUGAAGUACUGCAAGUGGAGAGAGCUACACUGAAGUCCAAUUCAUCUGAUAUGCGGGAAAGUUGUGGACGAUGCCAGUCAGGAUGGCUUUUACUCAACACAUCGUGCUACUUCCAUGGUAAAUCAGCCUCCAAUCCCUUAAAGAACUGGCAGGAUAGCCGAUCGGACUGUAUCAGGCGUGGGGCCGAUCUGGCUGUGAUUAAUAGCUUGGAGGAGCAGAUUAAUCUUUUUGAGUUCCUACCUAAAAUGGAUCCGAGCAUUCGACCGUGGUGGAGCACGCAGGGGGGGUUUUGGAUCGGCCUUACGGAUAUUCAAACAGAGGGUCAAUGGGUUUGGGUAAAUAAUGUGCCUCUGCAGAAUCCAGGGUACUGGAUAAUAGGUGAGCCCAACAACUCAGGAACAGAGGGACAGCAUUGUGUCGCAUUUAUAAACCUAAGAAACCCAAGGAAAACAUUCUUUGAUGAUCCCUGCGAAGUACGAAGGGAAUGGUUAUGCGAAAUGGAGCCCAAGGUGUGAAAAGAAAAGAACCAUGGAAAUAUUAACAAUUGUUCUUCAAUGCAGUUGAUAACAGUCACAUCAGUCUUGGUUGUAGCUUCAUUUGUAUCAAACAGUUAUGAGAAUGGUAUCUUUUAACUUAUCUAACUCUAUUGGUAAUAUAAUUAAGGAAAGUAUUGUCAAAAUGUCUAACUAUUUCUUUGCCCGACAUGUGUAAAUGUAAGAUGGAGCAAAGUUAAACAUAAAACCCCUCAAAAAGUGGAAAUCACAAAUACUGGACAAAUCAUGUAUGUCUUUGAAAUAUCUUUGAAAUAAUCUGCUAAAUUCAUUGGACUUUUCUUCUUAAACUGUGAUAAUUUAGUAUUCUGUUACUGUCCUGCAGCAGAUGAAUAAUUAUUUUGUGAAUGUAAACUUAAAGGGGACCUAUCAUGCAAAAUGCACUUUUGUUCGUCUUUUAUACAUGAAUAUGUGUCCCCGGUGUUCCAGGGAACUCACCAAGUGUCAGAAAACACAACCCUCUCU